AUGGCAUCGGCGCUCUUCACUGAGAGUGUCUUGACGAGCCCGGGGUCGGUGUUGCCACCGAGACCCGACUUGAAUGUGUCCCGCUCAAAGUACUUCCCACCAUCCUGGAUGCUCGCCUUUGCUUGCGCGCGUGUGCCCCAGCCGUUGAUGCCGGAUGUGGCCUUGGCGCUGUUGCCGCCGAGUGUCGCCUCCUUUUCGAGCAGGAUGACUUGUGCACCGCAGUUCGCUGCCUCAAUCGCGGCGGACUGA